GGGAGAGUGUAAGAAAACAGAGAGACUCCGGGGAAAAGCGACGAGAAAGAUUUGGAUGGCAAUGGGUUCUCACAGAUCGAAGCCGCCGCUUCACAAUUUUACGCUGCCCUGUGGUUUGAAGUGGGGCAACCGUAAGUUCCCCAACGGCAAAACCGACGCCGUUCACCGGAGAUCGAAUGGAACGUCGCCGGAGAAGUCGCUCGGCGGGCGAAGGCCUGAGGCUGGUUUGGGGUGGAAGAAUCACGGAUCCGAUGACCGGAUUCUGAGCAUGGACGUUUUCAAGAAUGGACGGACGGAGCGCGGCUGGGAAUUCCGGGCGGAAGUAGAAGACGGGAUCGCCGCCGUGAGGGAGAAACUGUUGCUUGAUCUCCAGGCGGCGACGGAUAAGAUGAAGGAGGCAAUCUUGGGAGCGGGGCUGAGGGAUGGAGAGCGGCCGCUUGUGGCGGAGGAGGGUGAGGAACGACCGCCAGUACCGACGACGGGGUCGGAGACUAUUGCGUCAGUGGGCCCAUCAGAAACGGCCAGACCAUGGAACUUGCGGACUCGACGGUCGCGAAAUAAGCAUCUUAACGUAGCCGCCGCCGUCACCGGCGAAUCGAACUCCGGUUUGAAAGUUGAUGUUGCGUCGCCGGCAACGCCUUAUGGUUCGCCAUUUAAGAACAUAAACGAAUCUCUAAGAGUCAUGAGGUCUAGACCUACCGCAGACCAAACCGCCGCUGCCGACCACUCAACGGCUGCCGACGCCGACCAAUCGCCGGAAAUCACCGUAGACGACUCCACGGCCGCCGCCGCCGCCGGAGCUUCUUCCAUCGCGGUGAAGCGGGAGAGAGCGAAGUUUUCCGUUUCCCUUACUCGGCGAGAGAUCGAGGAGGAUUCCGUUUCCAUGAUAGGUCGCAAACCCAACCGCCGGCCCAAGAAACGAGCUAAAUAUAUUCAGAAAAAUCUGGAUGCAAGUCCCUUUUCAUCUACUUUUACAUUAUUCAAUCUUUGAAUUGGGAUUUUUGCUCAGUGAAAUUCAAUCUGAUUUUUUUUCCCAAAUGGAUUAAAAUUGCAGAGCCUAUUUCCUGGAUUGUGGUUAACAGAAAUCAAUGCUGAUAUGUACAAAGUUCCUGGCGAUCAGUAGAAAUAAAGGGUCACAUCUUCUUUAAUUUCUUAUAGCCCUUUGUUAGAUUUGAUCUUGAUGAAGUUUGAUCUUCCUGCAAAUUGGAAACUUGAAUAAAUGAACAUUGAGGUUUCUCUACUUGCAGGACUCAAAUGUGCAAAUCCCAAAUUUUAAUCUCUCCAAAGUUAAUGUUGUUAGCUUGAAGAUAAUUGUUUAGAUCAUAAUGCAAAUAAAGAUGUGAUUUUUACCAACUGUUGCUAUCUAUUUUUUGUAUCAAUUGGGCUUGUUGAUGUACCAUUAAUCUUGUGAUGAAGUUAUAUCCAUAAUA